UAUAGCCUGAAUGAGCAGCGGUCAGAACAGGAAAGUACUCGGCUGAGCAUAACACUGCACUGGCUGACAGACGCAAACAUGGUUUCACUACGUGUAGUUGUGUGCUUUGCCCUCUUCGCUCUCGCGACUGCCGCCCCAAAACUGGAACAAUGCCCUGGUAGAUCGUUCCCGGACCUAGCCAACAAUAUACAGCUUUCCUGCAAAGGCACUCCUUGUAAACUAAGGAAGGAACACAGAGUAAACAUCACUGUCAAAUUUACUCCUGAUGAAAAUGUCAAGGAAGUUAACAAUAAUGUUGUUGCUGAUGUGUUUGGGGUGCCGCUUCCAUUCAUUGGCGUCGACGGUUCCACCAUUUGCGACAAGCUGGAAACAGAGAGCGGCGAAAAGACCGGUUGCCCGCUGAAGGCAGACACUAAGUAUGUGUACAAAGAUUCCUUCCCAAUCCUAGCUAUUUACCCAUCAAUAAGCGUUAAAGUACACUGGGCUCUCAAAGCAGGAAACAAAGAACUGGCAUGUUUUGAAGUCCCUGCCAAAAUCACUUCUUAAUACUUAGCUUAGUUCUAGUUUAUUAAAGUUACAAACACAAUUUGCCACUUUUAAGAUAGAAAAACAAUUGGGUGAUCGAGGUACGGUACAUGCAAGG